ACUGGACAAAACUUAUGCAGCUAUAUUUCGCGUAUGUAGAAGUAGCGACAGCGACGUGAAAAACUAACCGUGUUCGUUCUUUGGUGGAUGACAAUCAUUUUUGAGUCAUCUUCGAGGAGAGUAAUGUUAAAUGUACACGAAUUAUACAUACGAAUUGAUACCUAAACAGAAAUAAUUUGUACGUCUCUACUUAUCGAACAGUGAGAGAAUAAAUUUCGAGUAAAGGAUUGAUGGUUAUUGCUUACAAGUGAUCGCAUCAGCGAAACGGAAAUUACUUACUUUACGAUUUUUGCAUACUUUAAUAAGCACAAGGACUUGCAAACAUGCCUGAGAGUGUGAUAGAUUCUGGGAAGAUUGUGAAGAUGGAGGUGGAUUAUAGCAGUAAUUGCGAUACAAAAAUUCCUGAAAGCAUAAAAUUGGCUCAGGAAGGAAAGCUGCACGAUGCUCUGGAUCAAUUACUGGCAUUGGAAAAACUAGCUAGAACCGCCGCAGACAUGCCAUCCACGUCGAGAAUCCUUGUAGCUGUUGUCCAAAUCUGUUUUGAGGCGAAGAACUGGCCAGUUUUAAACGAGCAUAUAGUUUUGUUGUCGAAAAGACGGUCUCAGUUGAAACAGGCUGUUACAAAAAUGGUUCAGGAAUGUUGUACUUAUGUAGAGAAAACUCCUGACAAGGAAAGCAAAAUAAAAUUGAUCGAAACGUUGCGUGCUGUGACAGAAGGAAAGAUAUACGUGGAAGUCGAAAGGGCAAAACUCACUCAUCAGUUGGCAAAAAUCAAAGAAGAAGAUGGAGACAUCUCAGGUGCUGCAGCUGUUAUGCUCGAGUUGCAAGUUGAAACCUACGGUAGUAUGUCACGUCUGGAGAAAGCAGCACUUAUUCUAGAGCAAAUGCGACUAUGUUUAGCAAAGAAAGAUUUCAUGCGAACACAGAUAAUAGCUAAGAAGAUCAACAUUAAAUUCUUCACUGAUGAUAAUGAUGAGGAAACGCAGACCCUCAAAUUAAAAUACUACGAUCUAAUGAUGGAGUUGGCUCGACAUGAAGGCUGGCACUUGGAACUAUGUAGACAUAAUCGGGCGGUGUUGGAAACUCCAACUGUAAAGAACGAUCCCAAAAAAAGACACACCGCUCUUUCACGAGCUGUACUUUACCUCGUACUUGCGCCGCAUGAGCCAGAACAAGCCGACUUGACUCAUAGACUGCUUAGCGAUAAACUCUUGGACGAGAUACCAACAUACAAGGAGCUGUUACGUCUUUUCGUAAACCCCGAGUUGGUCAAAUGGUCCGGGCUUUGCGAGAUUUACGAGAAGGAACUUAGAGCCACGGAAGUCUUUAGCCCAUGGACCGACGAGGGUAACAAGCGAUGGACCGACCUUCGAAAUCGCGUUGUUGAACACAAUAUCCGGAUAAUUGCCAAAUAUUACACAAAAAUCACGUUAACGCGUAUGGCUGAAUUAUUGGAUUUACCCGUUGAGGAAACGGAAGCCUGUCUGUGCAGUUUAGUAGAAACUGGAGUUAUAAAUGCGCGCACGGAUCGUCCAGCCGGUGUGGUUCGUUUCACAGGAACGCAGGAGCCAGCCGCGCUCUUGGACGCAUGGGGAGCCUCGUUAUCGAAACUGAUGAGUCUCGUCAAUCACACGACUCAUCUCAUUCACCAAGAAGAAAUGUUAGCUGUAGCUCAAUCCUGAAAGAUAAAUUUGCUCUGCGCCUUGUAUCUCCUUUCUUUCUUCUGUCUUUUCUUCCCCUCUGCCGGCCAACAUCUUUAUUCAUUAUGCAAUUCUUUUAAACGUAUAGUUCUCACGGAACGUAUAGAACUAUAUACAAAUUUUGCAUUUGUAGCUGGAAGAACCCUUUCAUCCUUUUUUAACGCGUGUAACAAAUCGUGCAAAUAAACGUGUAAUAAAAUUAA